AUGCAGGUGAAUCAGCGCAAUGUCCCGGGGAUCGAUAGUGCCUACCUGGCCAUGGAUACAGAGGAAGGUGUGGAAGUUGUUUGGAAUGAGGUUCAGUUUUCUGAGCGGAAGAACUUCAAGCUCCAGGAAGAAAAAGUUAAGGCGGUGUUUGACAACUUAAUUCAGCUGGAACAUCUGAACAUUGUAAAGUUUCAUAAAUACUGGGCUGAUGUGAAGGAGAAUAAGGCCAGGGUGAUCUUCAUCACUGAAUAUAUGUCUUCGGGGAGCUUGAAACAGUUCUUGAAGAAGACAAAGAAAAACCACAAAACUAUGAAUGAAAAGGCCUGGAAGCGAUGGUGUACCCAGAUCCUCUCUGCUCUCAGCUACCUCCACUCCUGUGAUCCCCCAAUCAUCCACGGUAACCUGACCUGUGACACCAUCUUCAUUCAGCACAACGGACUGAUCAAAAUUGGAUCAGUCUUUCAUAGGAUAUUUGCUAAUGUGGCACCGGACACAAUUAACAACCACGUGAAGACCUGUCGUGAGGAGCAGAAGAACCUGCACUUCUUUGCCCCGGAAUAUGGAGAAGUUGCCAAUGUCACCACUGCUGUGGACAUUUACUCCUUUGGGAUGUGUGCACUAGAGAUGGCGGUGCUGGAAAUACAGGGUAACGGAGAGUCGUCUUAUGUGCCCCAGGAGGCCAUUAACAGUGCCAUCCAGCUGCUGGAGGACCCCUUGCAGAGGGAGUUCAUUCAGAAGUGUCUAGAACAGGACCCUGGCAAGCGUCCUACUGCCCGGGAGCUCCUUUUUCAUCAGGCGUUGUUCGAGGUGCCAUCACUAAAGCUACUCGCUGCUCACUGUAUCGUUGGACAUCAGCAUAUGAUUCCUGAAAAUGCUUUAGAAGAAAUGACCAAAAACCUUGACAUGAGUGCAGUGUUGGCAGAGAUUAACCAUGAGGACAGGGAAGGAGUCAAGAUGAUCUUCUCACAAUCUCCAGCGUUGGAGCUGGACAAGUUCCUGGAGGAUGUAAGGAAUGGUAUCUACCCACUCACAGCUUUUGGGAUGCCGCGACCUCAGCAGCCCCAGCAGGUAGUGGUGAAAUCUCCCAUUGCUCCACCAUCGGUGAAAACCCCAACUCCAGAGCCUGCUGAGGUGGAGACCCGCAAGGUGGUGCUGAUGCAGUGCAACAUUGAGUCGGUGGAGGAGGGAGUGAAGCACCAUUUAACACUGCUGCUGAAACUGGAAGACAAGUUGAAUCGACACUUGAGCUGUGACCUGCAGCCCAAUGACAACAUCCAGGAGCUGGCAGCUGAACUGGUCCAGCUUGGCUUCAUUAGUGAGGCGGACCAGAGCAGACUUACCUGUUUACUUGAAGAGGCGUUCAGCAAGUUCUACUACACCCGGAACGGAGCCCUGACGGCAGUGACUGUGUCAUCUUAGCACCCCUCGGCUCCCAGGUGGCCAGUGCGGCUUUGUUGCCUGUGACCCCUUCUGUGUCUGUCCAUCACUGUAGGGCAUCAGCAAGACCCCAGCUGCAGUGCUUGGAAGCUCAUCCUGCAUGUGCCGUGGUGGGCUCAGCGACAAUCCUCCCUGCCCGCCUAUUAAAGGGGACUUUGCGCAUCAGUAUUAUUUCCAGCCCUGUUUUUGUUGGGAUUUUGCCAGGUGGUGCCGGGGAGCCAGGUCCUGGCUUGGGGUGUUCUGUCACCCCAUUCAUGUGCAUGGAGUUUGUUCUGUUUGAAUUGUACAAAGUGUCUUUUGCACAGCGCAGAUUUUUUUUUUGUUUUGUUUUCUUUUUUUUUUUUCUUUUUUUUUUUAAUUUAAAGGUAAGCAGGGGGGAGCCCCUCCUCCCCGCGCCCGCUCUGCGCCCC